ACGCGGUGGCCAUGUUUUACCUACGACGGUGCUGCGCGCUCGCUCAAGUCUUUAAAUAAUGUAACCUAUACAACGUAUGGUCGAAAUGUCCCUCAAGAAGCGCUUAUAGCUGUACCGCCGUCGAAUUUGUGAGUUUGUUUGUUGCCGAACCCCUAUGGUAAUUCGAGAUAAGACGAAACUAUUGUUGUUGACCAUUGUCGGAUCGAUAAAAAGGGAAAAAAGUGCGCGAGUGUGUAUGCGACGGAACCAUAGAGAUAGGGGUGAAGUGACAGGACGUUAAGUUUUCGCAUUGCAAUCCAUAAUGGAGUAGAGAAAAGUCAGGCUUGUCUGGAAUUAUCUCACAUCUGUCCCGUCGGCCAUCUUAGGCACGUUUUUCUUCCGAAAGUGGUAAAUCUAAUGCUUCAAACUGUUCGGGGACGUGGAGAGAGUUUACCACCCUUUCGAGUUGACUAACAGGCUCUCGAGAGUAUUUCCUGGGACGUCCCUGGCCAGCUUUCACCGAGCCACCGGAUCAGGGUCUUCCACCGGGGUAGCUUGGUGGUCCAUGAUGAACGGAGGUCUGUACGAGGAGAGCCCACCCCCAGCGCCCCAAAGCGCGGCCACGCCGAUCAGCAACAGCGGUAUGACUAGUCCGGCUUCUGUAGCACCUCCAGCGGCCACCACGUCGGCUACGUCCAGCUCGUCGCCGGCCAGUGUCACCAGCAACAGCGGUGGUUCAGCCGGUCCCCUUCAAAUCCCAGCCAAAAGGCUCAGUUCUGUGUACGGAGACUGUCCGGAACCCGGCGUCAUCCGGCAUUCCCAUCACAGCCAACCCUGGAACUAUUCCCCCUCGGAAAACCACCACGCUGGCAGUGGUGCCUUCGACGUCGGUCUCAACCACCACCAGUACGCCAACACCCCGACUUACUACAACCUGGCGUCGGAUCCAACGGCGUCUAGGGACUCCAGGAAGGCGGCUUCCUUGUCCCUUUGGUCCCCGAUGGCCACGGCCACGGGGGUGACGCCGAAAUACGAGUAUUCCAGUGUGCCGUCUGCGGGUCCCAGUGCGGACCCUUCAGUGUCCUCCUGCCAUCAGAACUUCUCGUCGCCUGGGUGGUGCGGUUAUUCGCCGUACACGACGGGGUCCAGGCAUCAUGUGGACGCUCAUCAGGCCGUUCCUUAUCUUCCCUCAGACGACCGGGGCAGAGCCGUCGCUGCCAUGGCCGAGGGCGCUUCUUUUGCUCACGCACACGACGGCGGCUACGGACUCAGGAACUACGGCUCGGAACCGGUUCCGUCGACCCCCUACCCUCCUCCAGUUAUGUGGGGAUCCUCCCCAUCCCCCUUUUUUUCCUCAGGUUCCCUUGGAUCAAUGGGAGUCAGUGUACCCUGCGGCGGAUCCACCAACCCCCUGGAGUGGACGGGCCAGGUGACGGUUCGAAAAAAACGCAAGCCCUACUCCAAGUUCCAGACGUUAGAGCUGGAGAAGGAGUUCCUCUUCAACGCGUACGUCUCCAAGCAGAAACGCUGGGAGCUGGCGAGGAACCUCAACCUGACCGAGAGGCAGGUGAAGAUCUGGUUCCAGAACAGGAGGAUGAAGAACAAGAAGAACUCCCAGAGGCAGGCGAGCCAGGCGCAGAAUAACAACAAUUCGGUGACGAACAACCAGAACCACCUGCCCAAUCACCAUCACCACCUGCAGCACCACGUAGUCAACCACCACGUCCCGCCAAAUGGGGCUCUCAAACAUCACCAGUGACCAAUGGGGUUCUCAGGGAUGGUCUUGGGUCAUCACCACAACCAGGGUCUGAUGACCUAGGCUGCAUCUCCUCUCAAUGUGUCAAAACUUAGAGUUGUAAGACUAAAAGUUCAUAUAAGAGGGAUAAACCGAGUGGACUCUACUACACCCUUAGAUGAACAAGUUCUUUGCAGUGCCAAAGAGAUAGUUAGGUUGAAUUUGUAAAUCAGAACUUGCGAGACUUUCAUUUCGAAUUUCUGGGCUUGUGCAAAUCUUUUUUCUCAAAGUGCGAAGUAAGUACUUUUGUUAAGUGACGAAGUAUUUUCAUUUGCAGCAUGUAAGAAUUCAAAAUGUACAUAAAUUUGACUGUCUUUGUAUUAGAUUGUAACUGAAUGGUACUAUGUAAUCCAUGUUUCUGUAGUUCAAUGUGUAUAGUAAAUUAUUGCAGGAGAUUGACACCUGUCGGCCAUAUAUUUCAAUCUUUUCUGUUCUACUGUUACUCUUUAGCCUUUUCUCGAAUUAUAUGAAUGUUAUCCUGUGAGUGUGUAAAUAUUCAUCACUAAAAAAGGAGCUUCUAAAAAAAAUUGUCGAAUGAAUCAUUUUUUUGGGUUCGUAUACACAUUCUUCCAGACCUAACCAACGAAUGUAUGAUAAAACAGGACGAUUUGUAUGUUUCGAGAAAGGCCCUGCUUUAAUGUAUAUAUAAUAAUUAAAUACUCUUUAGGUACCUGUAAACAUGUGGCUUGUUGUAUACGGAUAAGGCAAGAUUUCAUUUUCGUCACGAAGAAAAAAACUACAUUGCUGCUGAAUGUAACUCCACUUGUAACAUACUUGAAAGGGAAAACCUUCUCUAGAAAUCCGAAUUUAAUAAUUAAUGACUAAUUAUAAAAAAAAACUAUGUACUUAUCGAAACUUGAAAUGUUAGGUUUUUCGUGAAUGUAAUUGAUAAGAAAAUUUCUGAAAUUAUGACUAUGUAAAUAAAUCUCUGUAUAAUUUCGAAAUGUUGAUAGGCAAAUUGAAUGUUUUCUAUCAUCUUCUUUCAGUCAUGUUUGAACCCAAAAAUUUAACUGUUGGAAAUGUAAGAUUUCUUUCGUCGAUUUCCAGAAAAAAGCUGUUUAUGUUACGCAAUCUUCUCGUCUUUCACAAAACGAAUUAAGUUUUAUUUAUUCAUUAUGUUUUGCGGUUUGUUUAUCGUUCAAUUUUCGAACAUGAUUUUGUACCUAUGCAGAUUUUAUUAUGACUUUGUAUUUUUAAUUGUUGUGUUCAGAAAUACAUAUUGUUGUUUUUAUAUAUGUAUAUGUAUACACAUGAAUAUUAUUAAGUCUCAGUAAAUGUGUUUUAUAAACAUCCAUUUAUAUUUUGUUUUAUAUUGUAAACUGUAAGUUAAACUCUACUAAUAAAGAGUUCAAUUAUUA